AUUAGAUACAACGAGGCCAAAACGAAGUCUGGAGGAAACCGGUAACGGUUACUAUUUUACUAAUCGAGAACUAAUGGAAGAACAAAUAAAACGAAAUGAAUUUCUUGAGUAUGGUGAACACAAUGGACAUUUAUACGGCUUGCAUUUGGACUCUGUGAAGGAAGUAAUAAGAAGUGGACGCAUGUGUAUUUUAGACUGUGCUCCGAGCACUUUGAAAUUCUUGCAUAACAGUCAAGAAUUAAUGCCGUUCGUUAUUUUUAUCGCGGCACCAGGAAUGGAACAACUUCGACACAUAUAUUCAGAGAGACGUGCCACAGGUUCUACUAAAAAUUUAAUGUUCGAUCGACAAUCUUCAAUUCGUUUCAGCUCAAGGCGAGCACGUACUUUGGAAUCACUUGCUUCUUUAUAUGAGGAAGAUGAUUUGAUUGCUACAGUGGAGGAAAGCUCGUUUGUUCAACGGCGGUAUGCGAAGUAUUUCGACAUGGUUAUUGUAAAUGAGAACUUUGACAGUACCUUUCAACAAGUGGUAAAAGUACUAGACCAAAUGAGCCAUGAAGAGCAGUGGGUACCGGUCGAUUGGAUAUAUUAAAAUCCAUUAGCUAUUUACUUUUUAAACAUUUUCCCUCUAAUAAAAUUGCAAUUGCAUACAAGCUA